AUGCUAGUACACAAGCUGAACAUGCCGCUUUCCCUACUGCCCAAGUGGCUAUAUAUUGAAUGCCCCUUCCAUUUACUUUCCCACCAACUCAACUGUACACUAGGAGCAGGCCGUGACAGCAGCACCACUUCCCCUGGAGGAAGACCUUCACCCCAUUCCUUUCACUUCACUUCCAACACUUUACCCCCAUCACUUUUCCCUGUUCCCUUGUCCCCAUUCACUUCCUGCCUCUCGCUUCCCUUGGCUCGCACUUUCUCCCUUCCUCCUCCGCCUUCCCUCCUUUAUAAUCCCUCUCCUCCCUCCUCCCUCCUCCCAGCUCUCUUCUUUCCUCAACCUUGCCUACUCAUCGCUCUUUACCCAUCCAUCUGUCUACGCCCAUCUUUCCUUAGGCGGCUACGCCCAUAUGCGACACUGCCCAUACGCAACAAAGCCCAUACGCAGCACCGCCUAAGGCUCCCCACUGUAAACCCCCCUACCUGGCUUUCAGCCAUCAUCCAGAGACAUCCUGUGGGAGACUUCCUCCAGUCAGGUAAGUUUGAAAUCUGCUUUCAAAGCUACUCGUCUCUGGACCUGCUCGAUGAUGAUUUCAUUCCAGGGUCUUGCGUGCCUGGUCUUCUGAGAGCAGGUUACUUUUCUUCUAUAACCCCUCUGCUUAUCAAUCCCUUUCUUUCUCACCCACACGGUGCCUGUUCUGAGUUGAAGUUUGUUGUCAAUCGGGUUCUGCUGGGCAGCAGUCGGAGGUCUAUGCUUAGGCCUUCAGAGCUUUUUAUGCUUGAAAGACGUCCACUCAGACCUAUCGUGAGGUUCACAUCUACUUCUCGGGGUCUUGAGGUAGGUUCAAUACUUUCCGCCUCUGUGACGGUGAUCAUAUGA